AUGAGAGAAAUUAUUGCAAUUCACGUAGGACAAGCCGGUGUACAACUUGGAAGCUCCGUUUGGGAGUUAUUUUGUGCUGAGCACGGAGUGAGGCCCGACGGUAGCACCGAGAUCGUUGACAAAAACAACAAGGGUGAAGAAAGUAAUGCUUUCCACACAUUCUUUUCAGAAUCCCAAUCCGGCAGACAGGUUCCCAGAUGUGUGUUUGUGGACUUGGAACCAAGUGUUAUAGACUCAGUUGAGAAAAGCAGAUUCGGAGGUUUGUACCACCCUGAGCAAUUGAUUUCCGGAAAGGAAGAUGCAGCGAACAACUUCGCAAGGGGUCAUUACACAGUAGGACGUGACAUCUACUCCCCAGUUAUGGACAGGAUCAGGAGACUCACCGACAACUGUGACAGUAUUCAGGGCUUUUUGUUCUUCUCCGCAGUUGGUGGAGGUACUGGUUCAGGUACUGGUAGUUUGUUGUUGGAGAACAUUGGCGCAGAGUUCGAAAGGAAGACCAAACUUUCCUUCUGCAUCUGGCCAUCACCUCAAGUCUCCACUGCAGUUGUAGAGCCUUACAACUCAGUGUUGACUACCCAUUCUCUUCUCGAGCACUCUGAUGUCGCUGUAGUACUUGACAACGAGGCCAUCUAUGGAAUCUGUAAGAACAACCUUGAAAUCGGGCGUCCUAACCAUGAAAACUUGAACAAGAUCAUUGCCCAAGUAAUUUCCUCACUCACGACCUCUUUGAGGUUUGACGGUGCACUCAAUGUUGACAUGGGAGAGUUCCAAACUAACCUUGUUCCCUAUCCCAGAAUUCACUUUAUGCUGUCAUCUUAUUCACCGAUAAUAAGUAAGAGGAAGGCCAAGCAUGAACAAAUGUCUGUUUCCGAAAUCACCUUUUCUGCUUUCGACCCCAAAUCCAUGAUGGCUGAGUGUGAUCCAAGAACUGGAUACUACAUGUCAUGUUGUCUUAUGUACAGGGGUGAUGUCGUACCAAAGGAUGUGAAUAAUGCAAUAGCGGCUGUGAAGAACAAGAAGACUGUGAGAUUCGUUGACUGGUCUCCCACUGGAUUUAAAUUUGGAAUUAACUAUCAGCCCCCGUGUGUUGUUCCGGGCGAUGACAUUUCCAGGCCCUCGAGGGCAGUGUGCAUGAUCAGUAACUCGACUUCAAUUGCCGAGGUUUUCACCAGGAUGGACAAGAAGUUUGACUUAAUGUACGCCAAGCGUGCUUUCGUUCACUGGUACAUUAGCGAGGGUAUGGAGGAGUGUGAGUUCCAGGAGGCCAGGGAAGACGUGGCUGCGCUUGAAAAGGACUACGAGAGCGCCGGCACCCAGUAA